ACAACACACUCUCUUCACUUCCUAAUCCCUUAGACUUCCCCGGUGACCGGAGAAAAAAAAAGAGACUUCACCGGCGAAAUGGAUGAAUCGUGGCGUAUGAAGAUGGGUUUAGGCGCUGAUCCAUUCUUCUCCAUAGCUCGUAAAUCAAUGGACGCUAGGAUCAACGCAGAAGAUUUCGCCGAUGUUUUUGGCGGUCCACCGCGAAGCGUCCUCACCCGAAAAUUCUCCGGCGACUUCUCUCGUUCGGACUGUUUCUACGACGAGAUUUUCCGACCGCCGGGGAAUUUCUCCGGUGGCGGCUCCCUUGCUUCUUCUAAAUCUCACGGCAGAAACUUACCGGCGUUCAGGAUUCCCUCCGGCGGAGAAGGAUUUUAUAAGCAUGUGUUCGGCGACCGCUGCGGGUCGGCCAAGGAGGGAUUAAAGAAACAGAACUCGAUGGCGAAAUCGAGAUCGAAUUCGUCAUCCGUACUCUCUUCAGAAGAGCUCAGUCCUCAUUAUCCACCACCGGCGGCAACUUCCGGCGACGACGUCGGGUUUUCUUCUUUCACUUCCAAACUCCGACCGUUAAACGUCCCUUCAAGAAGUCAUAAACGAGACUCAAAGAAACAGAGUUUCCCGGCGUUUCCAACAUCCAAAGAUUCAUUCUCCGGCCAAAACAACACGCCGGAAAAAGCAGAUUUUUACUACAGAAAACCACAUUUCACCGGAUCCAGGAGAGCAUCUCCGGAGACAAUUAGCUUAGAUCCUAAUUCCUUCAGAAGAACGGAUGAUUACGGACCGAGCUCCCCUGCAUCUUCCCCUGUUUCUUCCUUCAUCUGCGAAGAAGAACACAACAACACUGAUGCCAGACAGAGAAGGAACAGAGACGAAGAGGUAGUCGUAGUAGAAGACGAAGAAGACGAAGAAGAAGAGGAGAUGAGCUCUUACGUAAUUGAGAUAAACUCAGACCGAUUCGAUAGUUACAAAGAAGAAGGAGGAGGAGGAGGAGGAGGAGGAGGAGGAGGGAACUCGGAUUCAAACGACAUGGAUGAAGCAAUAGCUUGGGCAAAAGAGAGAUCACAAAGACCAGAAACGAAGCAAACAGAAGAAGAAGACGUUAUCGAUUCGAGAAGAAGCGAAGAAGAACCCAAAUCAGAAGAAGAGAUGGAGAUGGAGAUGAAAGAUGAAGAGAUAAGAAUCUGGUUAACCGGAAAAGAGACAAACAUUAGACUUCUCCUCUCAACGUUACAUCAUGUUCUUUGGUCAAAUAGCAAUUGGUAUGCGAUUCCUUUAGCAAAUCUGCGAGAUGGAUCACAAGUGAAGAAAGCUUAUCAAAAAGCUCGGCUUUGUUUACAUCCAGACAAGCUACAACAAAGAGGUGGAGCUUCACCGAUUCAGAAAUCUGUCGCCAGUAGAGUUUUCGCAAUUCUUCAGGAAGCAUGGGCAGUGUACGUAACAAACGAAGGGCUCUCUAGCUAAACCGGAAUCCGCAAACAUUUCUUCUCUCAGUUUGUAUUAAACUUGAGGUUUUCAGAAUCGGUUUAUAAUGCAAGAAGAAUAAGAGCAAAAACAAAAAGCACAGUUUGGUUUCUUGAUUGUAAAAGUCACAUAUAUAUUCCAUUGUCAAUGUUAUUUAUAUACAGAAAACAAUGCGUGAAUUAAAAUAUAAAACCUUGAUAAGA